UUGAUCCUUUUUCAUCACCAAUCACAACUAAAAACACUUUGGCCACCUUUGCUUCUUAAGACCCCCUCCAUUUCAUUAUUUUUCUUCUCUUCCCAUCUUCUUAGUUUCAACUUUAUUCCUUCAAUUUCCAAUGGCCAGCGUUGAGGUUGAAUCUACACCAGUAGCAGCAGUAGAGACUGCUCCAGCUGAGGCUGAGGUUCAAACAACCCUAGAGGAAACCAAAGUAGAGGAACCAACCCCAGUUUUAGAAAGCGAAACCGCGGUCGAAUCAGCAGCACCAGUAGAAGAGACUGCUCCCGCUGAGGAAGCAGCCCCUGUUGCCGAAGAACCUGUGGCUGCAGCAGAACCUGCAGCCACAGAAACAGAGGAGCCAGCAACUGAUGAACCAGUUGCGGCUCCUGUUGAAGAGGUAGCAGCCCCAGUCGCGGAGGCUGAACUCGAAGCAGCCCCUGUUGAGGAACCAGAAACAGAGAAAGCUGUCCCUGUAGCAGAGGAAUCAGCUCCAGUAACUGAAGAAGCAGUGGCUGAGAAAACCACAGAUGCAGCAGCUGAGGAACCAGUAGCAGAAGCAGAACCUGUUGAAGAGACAGCAGUUCCAGUGGAGAAAGCUGAAGAGUAAAUUCUGAAGAAUUUUAGUGAAGAUGGGAAAUAGUUCAAUGGUUGGUGAAUGAUGGUGGUCUAUUAAAGUUGGUUGUGUUUAUUCUGUUUCUUAAUAUUUUAUUUACUACUAUUAUUACUACUAUAUUAUUAUGGUUACAGUGAGGGCAUAUGUUAUUUUUAGCAUAUGCCUAGGUCUAGGUGGUCGGGUGGAUACUCCAUAGUUUUUAAAGCUAUGUUUGUUAUCUUGUCCAGGGUUCAGUUUGCUAUGGUUUGAUUAAGAUGAUAUGAGAUUUGAUCUCUAGUUUUUUAUAAUAAAAGGGUCAUAUCAUUUUUGGUUGUUUUUA